AUGGGGCUCUGCGCGUCCAUGUUACGAUGCAAGGCCAACCGGCGGCGGCAGCAGCCUGAGCCAAGGCGCGGCACACCGAAGGCGCUCUUCGUCGUCAGGAACGACGACGGCCGGCCGUCCAAGCCAGAGGAGGUCGUCUUCCACCCACCGCACGGCUCUGGCCGUUCGGGUUUACAGUUACAGAAGGCUAGCAACGGCAAGGCGGGCAGCAGGAAGCCCGAGAAGCGCGGGUUCGAGUACUACGACUGCAUGGACGUGCUGGGCAGGAGGCUCCGCGCGCCGCCGCCCCCCAGGCUCCCGUGCGGGAGCACCAGAAGCGUCGCGGUGGAGCCGGUGGUAACGGCCGGGAUGAGGUCGACGGUGUCCAGGGGCGCCACGGCGGACGGGAAGAAGGCAGCGGCAGCAGAGGGCUGCAGGACGCCGAUGACGCCACGGAGGACGCCGGUGUGGCAACGCAGGAUACUGAUGGGGACGCGCUGCGAGCUUCCGCGGUUCAGCGGGGUCAUACUGUAUGACGAGCACGGCCGGCCCCUGCAGCUGCAGAGCAGCUCCCAGAGAAGGACAGACCGACUUAUGAGCAGAGCAAGCAAAUACGAGUCCAAGGGCAAAAAGAAGACUGCCAGGACAACUACAACUCUCAGGGACCUCCUGUAG